AUGCAUGCAAUAAUCAGCUUCGCACUUUUUGCCACAAUUGCCGCCGGCAUGAGCGCUCAAGACAUGGAAUUAAAUGGCGACUUUAGCCAGCAUGGUAAGAAGUUUUACGCAUACAUUUAUAAGUCAGCUGUGAACUUUCGUUGGACGAAUCUAAUCCGCAAUCUUUCAGACUACCGCAUGUUGCCAGUCCAGCGGGAAAUGAUGAGGGAGAAUGUGGGAGAAAGUGAGUUUCAUAACCUACAAUUUAACACAUGCUUUCAUAAGAUCCUUACAUAAAAAUUCUGUGUAUUUAUUAACAUAAAAAUUUUUUCAGCGUUGCCGACGCUCCAUUUCCUACGUUCCAUCCGGCGCAGUCGCGAACUGUUCGGAAAACGAUCGCCCUCCGUGGUAGAAGAGAAAAGAAGGAGUCGCGAGUUGUUCGGGAAGCGCUCAGCCAAAUCAGGUACGUUUUUUGAUACCCACCCUUUUUAUGUUUUUUGAUGACAAAAACGUUACGGUAUUCUCGCCGUUUCAGAGGAGGAAAUCCCAUUCAACAGCCAAGAGGUGCUGGCGUUGGCGACACUGCUGACCGAAAGACCGCGACGUGCCCGAGGCACCGAACUCUUCGGAAAAUAA